UCCCCACGAUGCUGCUGCUGCUGCUGCUGCAGGUCUUGGCAAGCUGCCUCUGGCUGGGAUGCAGUGAGGUGGUGACAUCCUUCGAAAGUUCAUGCCCUCAGUUCUUCUUCCGGGAAACCCCCCCAAAUGAAGCCCUGGAGCCGGAAAGCCCAGCCUGGAUCUGCCAACGUUACAAGAACCAGUAUUAUUUUGCCACCCUCUACGACAGGAAGAGGCGUAUUCCCGUAUACUCUGCUUACCUCUACGAGCCUGGACCUGGCAAGAGACCUAAUACGUGGCUGGUUGAGCCCCAGCUGAUGGGUUCAACAUAUCCCAAAACCAUGGAAAAAGAGCGGACCCUGUUAAACUAUUACAAUGUCAGCUUAGAGGAAAUCAGCAAGACACAGGCUAUCCUCCAAGACUACAAGAACCUGACGGGUUUGAACCGUGGCCAUUUGAACCCCAACGGCCAUCACGCCGACUCCAGCAGCAGGACGGCUACCUUCACCCUCACCAACAUAGUGCCCCAGAAUGUGAAACUCAACGGCGGCGCCUGGAACAACUAUGAGCAGCAAACGAUGAUGAAAAACACCCAGGGCUGUAAAACCACCUACGUCGUCGUGGGCGCCGUGCCUGGGAACAACUACAUUGCCAAGGGGAGAGUUAAUAAACCCAGCCACAUCUGGUCAAGUGCCUGCUGCGAGGUGGAUGCCAACCACAGGAAGGCUUGGGCAGUCAUUGCCGAGAACGACAAGAACGAGGUCCAGCUCCUCACGCUGGGGGAGCUGGAGGAUGUGUUGACCGAGCUGUACGGGAGGGACCAGGUUUAUUUGUUUGACAGUGACUGUCCCCGGGAAUAAGCCCCAUUUCACA